UUAAAGACAAUUCUAAUUACCAUACACAAAGCUCUUACUAAUGAAAGUCAACUACACAAGGUUUGUGUGUACUUUGUGUGUUAAAACAAUCACUGUUCAAAGGCAUUGAAGAGGUGUGUAAUUUCGGCUGUAUAUAUAUUUCGCUAAACCAGACAUUCCAACUACUGGAGGUAAUAUGUAGGGAGACUGUUCAGUGAAUUGAAAUCUAGUUCUUCUGGGGGAAAAUAAUAAAAAUCAAGUCUUCUGAAAUGGUGUUUCCUGCAUUUUGGGAAGAUGUUGUUAUAAGUGAUCCUAUAAAUUGCCAUAAAGUAACUUCAUAAAAAGGUCAAGACAGACUAUUAUGUCCACUUGCUAAAAACAGUAUGUUUAUGAUUUUUUUACGAUAUUUCCUGAAUAUUCUGACAAAUCGGGAAUCAUAAUCAUAAUAUAAACGAGGACAAUCCGUGAAUCAAACAAUCAAACAAUACUUACAGACAAACGUCUCUACAUGCGUACAAGGGCUACCGCAUUUCGGACACCUCAGAUGACCACCACCGCCAUUGCCCCCCUGUUUUCCCUCUUUCUCAUCCGUCUUAACCUCCUUCCCUGUUUCCCCACCAUCAGCUUGACCCUCAGAUCCCCCUGGUGGAUCUUUCUUCUCAUCACACCAUGCACUGCCGACAUGCACAUGUCGUCUUCUGUCCACAAGAAGAGCUAGUUGUGGCGUACGGAUGGGAAGAAGUCUUGAUACGCUCUGGUGAAGAAAUGAGCCUGAAAAUGCAAAACAGGGCAAAUUUUUGUAUUGACUAGAGAGCACGAGCGACACCAACUGGAAAUCAAUUGAGCCAUUAUAUAUGACAAGUGAUGGCGAUAGCCAUUUCUGUUUGUAGUCACAAACGUAAAACUUCAAUGACUGCUGUUCUUGAUUUCAAGAAUCUAUAACAGCUUGAUUGACUUCCAGUUGGCAUAUGUGUUGUCAAAAAACACUGCUUACUUUAAGCCCUCCACCAUUUAACAUAAUCCUUUCAAUCGUCAGAUCACAAUUCUGACUCUAAUCCGACAACUCACCAUAAUCCUAAACUUAAUCUCAAACCUGAUCGUAACUGUGUCCCGUAUACUUACGUUCAUUCCUUAAAACAUUUCCUUUGAUGUUCGAGAUGAAUCGACGACAGGAAUGAACCUUAUUCAUAUUCUAUCUACUGAAAAUACAACUACAAUGUUAAAUGUGUGAAUCACAGGCUUUGAACAGCUAUACAGAUGCCUUAAGGGGCCACAUCCAUAUUCAUGUUGCACAAAUAAUGUCGAAUCAACAUUAUUACUUCACCCACCCCAGAUAACAUUGAUCGAUAUUCAGUUGUAUUUUGACUUUUGUAUUUAUAAUACAAAAGCUGUACUGUACGUGAUCUAGUUACUUUGGACAUUAAUUGUUAAAUUGCCAGGAGAUAACGUCGACAAGUUCACACAAAAGCCCACCCACUCAUAACGUCGAUUCAAUGUUAUUUGUGGCAACAUGAGUAUGGAUGAGGCCCCUAACUAAUAGGCUGGGAUAAAAAUUUUAUAUCACAGUUAUUUCGAAUAAAAUAUUGUGGACAGAAUACUUUAUUAGUUUACCAUUGGAUUAAACUACUUUGCCCUUCUUAAAGGGCCUUAUUUAUAAACCCAAUGGUAACAUUUUUCAUGGGCUAGCCCAACAGGGCAAUAUCUCAAAAUACUCAAAAGUCUCAAAUUCAUUGCAGGUGCUCAAGAGUGAAAACUUUCUUUGAGUUUAAUAUGACUAAUUGUCUAUUGACAAAUAUGAAAGUUUUUUCUCAUUUUACCUGAAAAUUAAACUUACUAAAAGUACUUGGCUUUUAUGUAGGGCUGAUGUACACAACGCUUAGGAAUUUGUCUAAUAUAACGAAUGAUUAAACACGAAUAUGGGCUUAUCUUGUAUUUAUACAUAUUGUAACACAAGUCUUCAAUAUAUAAAGUACAGUAUUUAAUAUUCGAUUCUUCAAGGCAUAUUAAUAUUAUAUCUUAGGGGAAAACAAAAGAAUCAGAAAUCUAUGAAUCCUAAGGAUUCAUGUCCUAAGGGUUCAUGUAUAUCGCGUGACUACAGGUAAAAUAACUGUUUUAUACUGUUUACAAGCGAUCGUAUAUUCAACACACAGUUACACAUUGUAUGGUACUGAAUAAAUAUACAUGUUUAUUAUCAUAAUUUACAAAAAUCCAAUAGCCUUACCUUUUUUAAUCGACAAGGGACUAUCGAUCUCUCUAUUCCCAUUGAAUUUGUAUUUUGAAUACAAAAGAAAGCUAAAGUAUUUUAAUUUUUCGAGGAAAGAGCAUUUUUUAUUGUUUGAUUAUUUUUGUUUAUAUGUUUUGAGCAUGCGUACUUUGGAUUAUGACGAAUUAUGACGUAUCUUUAGGCGGGGUAACUUUGGAUAUUUUGGGUACUAUACGAAAUUUUAGGGAUAAUAUAUGAUAUUUAAGGAUUAUGAGGGUUUAAUUGGGAUAUUAAUAUCUAGGGUUUGUCUAGGAUAUAUAGGAUUUUUGUUAGGUGUUUAGGAAUAAUUCAGGAUAUUCACGGAUUAUUUAGGAUAUUUAGAAUGGUAAGGCAGUGAAGAUAAGGGUUAUUUAAAGGAUGGUGCAGGGCAUUUUGGGACACGCAGUCUUUUUUUGCAACAUGGCCGUCGCGUGGUGUAAAUUUUCAGUUGUAAAUAAUUAUAAAUUGAGAAAAUAAUGUAACAUUUUAGAAGAUCGUGGACCAUUUUCAUUUCAUAUUGAUUCUUGAUUCUGGGUAUUUUAUCACGGUAGCCUAAAGAUGGUAAGAUAUGCUUUCCUUGUUGUGAUUUUUACUGUAAAUAUAUUUUUCCUACUUACAAACUUAAAAUUUUUUACUAAUAUUUUUUACGAUUUUUGAACCAAAUGAACGUAUUUUAUAUAUGUAAUUUUAUGUAUUGCUGUAUCCUAUAGCUUUAGAUUUAAUACAUUGUAAUGUUUCAAGCUAUGCAUCACAACAUUAUAUAGUAUAGAAUAGAUUUAUCAAUUAUCACCAAUAUUCACUGAUUUUAUACAGUAAUAAGUUAUAAAUUAUGAGUUAUGAGUAGAGUAACUUUAAUACUUUAUAUCAAUUAUAUGCAGAGGCCUAUGUCAGGGUUCUUAUCAGGCGGUAACCGGUAAAAUUUACCGUUUCCACGAGCACUGAUUACCGCCUGGAGAAGCCCAAGUUAAAUAUACAUUUGUGUACAUUUGUUAAGAAAUAAUUAGUAAUAAGGUGUGAGAAAAUCCUUUAUAUAAUAACUACAGUGAAACACGCAAUUUUAUUGGUCAAUAGUCGUGCAGGAUCAGGCUAUCCUGCACGAGGAAUUAUAAUGCCUUCGCGGGAUUUUCAAAAUGUCAUAGUUUCACUGCAGUUAUUUUAUAAAACAACUACCAAAUGGUUUUCCAAGCAGGAUAGCGUGAUCCAUGGACUUGGGAUGUUGCUCGACUUUUGGAAAAGUGUGAAAAUACACUCGCCUGCAGCUCGAGUAUUUUUACGCUUUCCGAAAGUCUCGCGACAUCCCUCGUGCAUGGAUCACGCAAUCCUGCACGGAAAACCAUUCAGUAUUCCUUUAAUAAUCAAUCAAUCAAGUAUUGCUGAAAUUCCACAAUAUUAAUUAUUUAGCAUCGAUAGAUUGAAUACAGAAAUAUCCUAUAAACCCGAUCUGUGAACAAAAUUUUUUGGCGGAAUGAUUAUAUUAUCAACCCAGCGUGGGCCUGGGGACUGAGUAAUUAAAUUGGCGUGUGUUUAGAAUAUAAUCUUUAGUAUUCUAUAAAAGUUUAAAUCUUCCCUCAAAAUGCAGGAAAUGCCAUUUCAGAUUUCAAAAUUUUCCGUUGGUAUACCCCAGACCCCCUAGAGGUUUGUAUAGGUGCGACUUGAUGCUUAUACCUGUUGAAAAACCUGUUUUACCUGUCCCACUCACGACUAUGGAGAACCCUGUAUGUACUUAGAUUUUACCUUUUCUAUGUUCUUCUUCAUUACCUAUCAUGCAGUGAAGUUGUAACAAACUGACUCACCUGAAGUUGUAUCAUGAUUGCCUAGCUUUGAUUUCUGUGUCCUUCUUUAGCCUCAAAAUGAGCACAUUGAGUUAUCUCAAAAGAGAUAUGGCCGCCGACUGGACCAUUUUGAAAGAAAGUAAGUAGUGUUUGCAGCGAGACAACGUUUACUCAGAACGUGAUGUUUAUCUUUCAGAAGUAGGGGUUAAAAAGCAUUUUCAAGUAAAGCGUCUAGAAUUACCACAUUGAAAAGUUACAAAAGUCUGAUAAUUCAAUGAGGGACUUUUUUUUCAUUGACAGGCGAAAAAAAGAAGCUCGAGAGGUUCACGAGCGAGCUGAACAUGCGAAGAAACUGCAUGGACUUCGAGCAAAAAUUUACAACAAGAAAAGACAUGCAGAGAAAGUGCAGAUGAAGAAAACGUAAAUAUCUUUAAAUUAUCACAAAUAUAAAAGAAAACAUUAUAUAUGUUGGACAGCUCUAUCAGUUCUAAACAUCUUUUAUUGAUCCAGUGUGAUUACAGGAGGAAACCUAACCUAAACUAAUUUUAUUUAUAUUGGAUAGAUCUGUCAGACUGUUCUAAAUUGUUCUCCCUAGACAUCUACUAAGGACCAUCUCUUAUUUAUUCAGAGUUACUACAGGAGGAAACCUAAACUAAACUAACUUUAUUUAUACCAGAUACCUCUAUCAUUUCUAAACUGUUCUUCCUAGAGGUCCAGUAAGGAUCAUCUCUUAUUGAUUCAGUGUUACUACAGGAGGAAACCUAAACUAAACUAACUUUAUUUAUACUGGAUAGCUCUAUCAGUUCUAAACUGUUCUUCCUACAGAUCCACUAAGGAUCAUCUCUUAUUCAUCCAGUGGAGACAGGGGGUCUUAUUUACUAUUUAGUUCAAAAUCCUGUGUUCAAUACUACUCUCAUUUAAUUAAUCCAAUUUUCUGAAGGGGUAUAAAAUAUUUGGGGGAAUGCACCCCCCUGCAGUUUCAAUGGUAAAACACACAUGCACAAAGAAGCCAAUCAAACAUCUAUUCUGUUCUCACCAGCAUUAAAAUGCACCAGGAGAAAAAAACAAAAACACGGAAUGAAGAGGAUGUUCCAGAUGGCGCCGUACCAGCAUAUCUGUUGGAUCGUGAGGGGCAGUCACGAGCUAAAGUUCUCAACAAUAUGAUCAAACAAAAGAGAAAAGAAAAAGCUGUGAGUCUUUGUUGUUCACUAAUCUCCCUAAAUUGUAAUGAUCAUUUCUUGUUCCCCAAACCUACCUAGGUUUUGGCCACUGAAAUCAACAACCCUAUCUUUUUAUUUAAAGUUUGCAAAGAGCUUGCAGCCAUAUAAAGUAUAACUCAUGUUCCAAAGUUGAUAUAACAUUUAACAAAUGUUUGUGUAAUCUGUGUGCAAUUACUACGUAUUGAAUUCCUACAGUAGAUGAGAUAAUAAUAUGAUUAUCAUGCAUCAGGACAUUUAUAAAACAAUUUGCAAAAAAAGUAAACCUGACCUACCCUAAGUUUUUGCAACAAGAAAUAGGAAACCCACUCAGGUAUUUUUUUAUUUGGCCUACUGUAGGUAGCAUGUAAGUUUUUUAUCCUAAUAGCUAAACUUAUUCUAGGGUAAAUGGGAAGUACCACUCCCAAAAGUGAAAGCCGUUGGAGAGAAUGAAGUUUUCAAAGUUGUUAAAACUGGAAAGACCAGAAGUAAGCUUUUAUUAUUUUACAAAUUAGUAACAAAUUGGCAAGGAAACUGCUUUAGGAUGGAGUAGCCAAUCUGCUAAUUACUGCAGUCCCUUCCGCCAUUUGCUUGUGGCAUUGGAAUGGCACAAUAUGUUGCUAGAUAUUGAAUGAUGUAUUUUAGGGAAAGGCUGGAAGAGGAUGGUCACAAAAGCUUGUUAUGUUGGUGAAGGGUUUACAAGAAAACCACCAAAAUAUGAAAGAUUUAUUAGGCCAAUGGUAAGGAAUAUCUUGUUAACUUUUAAAGUGGAAAUGUGCCCUGAUGCACCCUUUAUUAUUUACUCUGUCUAAUGGCAUUAUGGCAGGCAAUUUUACUUGUCAAGGGCGGAGUGCUGCUAUGUGGGUUAAAUAAUCCAAAUAAAUAUCUGUCACUGAGUUGUUCUACAGACAUUUAUUCUAUUGUAAAAUUGGAGAAUUUUCUACAAAAUGUCUUUUUCUUCAACACAGGGUCUAAGGUUUAAAAAGGCGCAUGUCACACAUCCAGAGGUAUGAAUUAAAACAUUUAUAUUGUGAGUCUCGAUUUGUUGGUUUGGAUGUUUUGCACUUAUUUUGCUAAUUCCAAUUUAGGGAAAGUAAUAAACAGAUGUCUACUUCAAUUAGCCUUUCUCAUGGCAGGGGUACUGCCUCCCACGUUUGAGAGUCUCCAUACCACGAAAUGUGACUAUUUAGUGUUGUAGUUAUUUGUGUAAUGGUAAAUUUACAGUUACAUUUUUUAAAAGUUGCUUUUCACGUUGUUUGAAUUGUCUAGAAUCUUUCACGAGGACAGACAGUACCCCAACCCAAAAAUGGCAGAUUUUGGCCUUUGUGAGAAAGGCUAAUUUACAAAUUCCAAACAUAAUAAAAAGGAAAAUAGAAAUUGUCUUAUGCAUGUUAUGUUGACAUUCGUUCACAUUAUAUAUGACUCUUUGAUCUGUCUAGACUAAAUCGUGUUCUUGCAAAAGCAAUGCAAAUAAGAUUCAUUUGCUCAAAGUUACGUCAAGGCCCAUGAGCGUUUAAUGGCUUAUUCCAGGAGAAAGCAGUGCUCUUUCAUUUCAUUAUUAGUGCUUUAGACAACACGAAAUCUGCCUCGUCCCCAAACACUAUCUAAAAGGUUCGCAUGAAGUACUCGAGUGGCAUUUACAGGCAUGCGGAGAGCAAUGGGAUGUGGGCAAAAAGACAUGUGUUACCUUUUUAGAGAUCAACUGAGGACGAGGCAGACAUAGAAUACUCCAAUGUGUUUUUCCCCUGACAUCGAGUUUGAAACAGCACUUUUCCAGGCAAGGCAACUCCUACCAUAUAGUUUAAUCCAUCUUCUUUACAACUGCAGUUGAAAGCGACAUUCUGUCUUCCAAUUAUUGGCAUCAAGAAGAACCCACAAUCACCUAUGUAUACGUCACUGGGUGUCAUAACCAAGGGAACAGUUAUCGAGGUACACAACCACCUAUACUACUUACGUAAGAACGCGCAAGUUGUUGCAGAAAUGCAAACAAGUUGUACCCAGCCACAGGAUAUUUUUACUUUUCUUUGCAUUGUUAAAAUUCACAAAGUUCGUGUUUUGGAAUUUUCAACCCAAUGUUUCAAUGCAUAUUUCUUAUUGUUUCAUCAUUUGGUUUAACCAUUUUAUGUACUAGGUCAAUGUUAGCGAACUUGGACUGGUUACUCAGGGCGGAAAAGUUGUUUGGGGUGAGUUUUCCUAAACGCACUGGUGGACAUAAGCAUUGGCUUUCUGACAAUCUUUGAUGGUUGUUGAAUAACUCUGUAAAAAAACGAAAAUGGUAGCAAUUUCCGCACGCAAUAUAAGAGUAUACAAAAUUUGCAAGGCUAUAUUUUCCGCAUUUUACAACAUUUCGCAACGAAACUUUGCAAUUUUAUACUAAUUUUAAUAUGCUCUUUCCGGGAAUAUACUUUUUUUGCCAAGAUAAAAAAAUUAGUCUAUAAUGGGAAUUGUCAAUUAUCCAAAAACGUCAAAAAACCGCGACAAAAAUGGUUCCCAGAAGGACAGUUUGCGAAAAAAAAAUGGCAGGUGAAAUUCUAUAGAAUGAUAUAAAUCAUUUCAUUUGCUUACCACAACUCAUAUAUACUGGAUCAUUUAGUUGACUAAAUACGUUUAUAUUUGAAAUGUAAAUCCAAGUUUAAAAAUAAUAAAAAUGCGUUGCAUGAAAACAUUGAUUUUUACAAUAUCACUCACAUGAGACAUCGCCAUUUUGGCAGUUCAAUGAAUAAAAAUGGCAGGCUAAAAUUUAUUCACCUGCCAAAAAUAUUUUAGACUGGCAGGCCAUAUUUUUUCUCUAUACUUCCAGCCCUGUUCGCGACAGAUGCGAACCCAUUACGAAAAGAAUGAAACUUUAACGUGCCCUGCUUCCCUAUACUUUAUUCUGUCUAAUGCCAGACGAUUAUUUUUUCGUAGGAAAAUACGCACAAGUGACGAACAAUCCUGAGAAUGAUGGAUGUAUUAACUCUGUGCUACUGGUGUAAAUUAAUCUCUGUAAGUAACGAAUGAACUCCGCGAGCGCUUGUGCAAAUAAAUGCAGGGGUCCAACAUGAUAGUCAAAUGUGCAUGCCAUCUCAAUUAACUUUGAACUCGUAUAGUGCGAAAACUUUUUACCUAAACCCAUGGAUCCUAAAUGUGCCAUUACACUAUCAAAGUUUCUGUGAUCACAGUAGGAAUUUUGCAUAGGUAAAUUCUAAGUUUUGCAGGAUUUGUUAUAGAAAUAUUUGAGGGAACUAACUUAGUCAGUUUCCUCAAACAUUUCUUACAAAUCCUUCAAAACUUAGAAUUUACCUAUGCAAAAUUCCUACUUUGAUAUAGUGUAAAAUGUAAAUCAACCUUGUAAAAUCUAUACGUCUAUAUAUUUAAUGACGUGGAAUCGUGGAUCAAAACAACAUCAUCUUUCAGUGAUUAAAUACAAAUUUAGGAUUUUCAUUAUUAAUUGAUGUCUUUUUCGUCAGAUUUUAUUUGUCCCAG